GUGCUCGAGUCCCGAGGAAGUCAGUCACGGAGUCACCGUGAGACAACAGCCGCAAAAUGCCGAAUAAAACUAAAAAAGAAAAGGAACCAACCAAAUCCGCGAAAGGCAGCACGAAAAACAGUAAUGUCAGCGGUGGGAAGGACACCGGAAAUGAAAAUGCAGAGGAGGCGCAGCAGCAGCAGACGGCGAACAAGCGUCCGAGCAACAGCACGCCUCCGCCCACCCAGCUGAACAAGAUCAAGUACUCCGGGGGCCCGCAGAUCGUCAAGAAGGAGCGCCGCCAGAGCUCCUCACGCUUCAACCUCAGCAAGAACCGCGAGCUCCAGAAACUACCUGCUCUCAAAGAUGCGCCUCCUGUGGAGCGGGAGGAGCUGUUUGUGCAGAAGCUGCGUCAGUGCUGCGUGCUCUUUGACUUUGUGACCGACCCCCUUAGUGACCUCAAGUACAAGGAGGUGAAACGCGCCGGCCUCAACGAGAUGGUGGAGUACAUCACCCACAACAGAGACGUGGUCACGGAGUGCAUCUACCCUGAGGGCGUCAUCAUGUUCUCAGUGAACCUCUUCCGGACGUUGCCCCCCUCGUCCAACCCCACGGGGGCGGAGUUUGACCCUGAGGAGGACGAACCCACGCUGGAGGCCGCCUGGCCUCACCUACAGCUGGUGUAUGAGUUCUUCCUGAGGUUUUUGGAGUCUCCUGAUUUCCAACCGAAUGUCGCCAAAAAAUACAUCGACCAAAAGUUUGUCCUGUCUUUGCUGGAGCUGUUUGACAGUGAGGAUCCUCGGGAGCGGGACUUCCUGAAGACCAUCCUCCACCGCAUCUACGGGAAGUUCCUGGGCCUCCGCGCCUACAUCCGCCGCCAGAUCAACAACAUCUUCUACAGGUUUAUCUACGAGACGGAGCAUCACAACGGCAUUGCAGAACUUUUAGAAAUUUUAGGAAGUAUUAUAAAUGGCUUCGCUCUGCCUCUGAAGGAGGAGCAUAAGAUGUUUCUUAUUCGGGUUCUGCUGCCACUGCACAAAGUCAAGUCUCUGAGCGUCUAUCACCCACAGCUGGCGUAUUGUGUUGUGCAGUUCUUGGAAAAGGACAGCAGCCUUACUGAGCCGGUGAUCAUGGGCCUGCUGAAGUUCUGGCCCAAGACGCACAGUCCUAAGGAGGUGAUGUUCCUUAACGAGCUGGAGGAGAUCCUGGACGUCAUCGAGCCCUCGGAGUUCGUCAAGGUCAUGGAGCCGCUCUUCAGACAGCUAGCCAAGUGUGUGUCCAGUCCCCACUUCCAGGUGGCAGAGAGAGCCCUCUACUACUGGAAUAAUGAGUACAUAAUGAGCCUCAUCAGUGACAACGCUGCCAAGAUCCUCCCCAUCAUGUUCCCCGCACUCUACAAGAACUCCAAGAGCCACUGGAACAAGACUAUCCACGGUCUCAUCUAUAAUGCCCUGAAGCUCUUCAUGGAGAUGAACCAGAAGCUGUUUGAUGACUGCACUCAGCAGUACAAGGCCGAGAAACAGAAAGAGAAGUACAAGCUAAAGGAACGAGAGGAGGUCUGGCACAAGAUUGAGGAGUUGGCAAAACAGAAUCCAAACAUGCAGUUAGUUCCUGAACUGCGGCCUGGCCAUCCAGAUGAGUUUAUGAUGUAUAAUGAUGCCGGGGUGCCGCUGUACUCCAUGGAAACUGAGACCCCGACAGCAGAGGACAUUCAGCUGCUGAAAAAGACUGUGGAGACGGAAGCUACGCCGGGCAUGAAGGAGCUUAAGAAGGAGAAGGUGUUGAUGCGGCGCAAGUCGGAGCUCCCUCAAGACGUCUACACCAUCAAAGCCCUGGAGGCUCACAAGCGGGCGGAGGAGUACCUGACAGCCAAUCAGGAGGCCCUCUGACCGCCCUUCCAGCCAAUCAGGAGCCUCUCUGACCGCCCCGCCCCUCCUGAUGCGGCUCUGAUUGGCCCGGGUCAGUCUGUCUGAGAUCCGGCCCAGACUCGGCUGCUCCCCCACCCCUCCUCCUCCCUCUGAUUGGUUCAUCCUGCCAUCAGUCAUCUGCUAUUUCUCUUUUCAUUUGUCUCUCUCUCUCUGUCCCCCCCACACACACACACACACUCAAACACAGAGGACCACUGACCGCCGCUGACAGACCACCGCUCCAAACACACACACACAGGCCCAGUUGUGUGUGGAGUACAGUGAGCAGUAGAGUGUGUCUGUUGCCUGCAGGCAUGUGUGGGCUUUGAUUCUUUGUUUGUUUGUUUGUUUUCUGUUAAUCUCCUGUGUAUUUGUUUGUUUGCAGUUUUUUGCACUCCUGCUCUGUUUGUCUGUAAGCACAGCUGACCCCCC